AGGAUACAUGUACCUGACCUCCGCGGUCAGGUAUCCUCAAUGAGGUUCUCAAGAAAUUGACCACAUAGCGUUUGUUCAUUUGCAGCGUGCAGGAGAGGUCGAACUAGGGGCCAUCAGGUCAGUUGCAACAGGCUGGUAACGAAUUAGUCCUACUCCUGGGUCGACUCCUCAACUGCAUGUAGAGUCAUCCGCAGUUGACAACAGCGCCAUUUCGGCCACCGUCGAGACUGAAGAGAGUCAAGAGACCAAAAUCGUCUUUGGCAAUGGAGCCAAGGCCACGAUGUCCGUGUUUGUGCCAAGGUGCGAAGAAGAAUGUUGUACUUUCUCCACUGGUCACAGUAUUGCUGCUGCUGGUGCUAGGGUUAGUGCAAGGUGACUUUGUUCCAUCAGCGAAUUGUAGUCCGCCGUUGUCGUCAUACGCUGGCAUCCAGUCAUGGCGCCAAGACAAACUUCCUGUGUCGGUACACAGCCUAUAUCACAAAGCAGUGACUCACCACACUUACCUUCCUAAUCUACUGGCCUACGAGACAGUGUCACCAGAUUCAACCACCAACUCAGACUGCGACAGUGACGGACCAGAAUGUACCUUCAGCGUCUCUAAGGUGCAAUUAAACGAGACGGCAUUGCAGAUGGUGAUGAACUUCAACGGCACAGCAUCAGCGAGUUGGUGUGCACAUCUAAAAGGGUACGGAAGCGGUGCAUACGGAAUGUCCAGCUCUGAUGCUUUUGCCUCCAUUGACUUGGGCACUACCAACGUUUUCAUUCUGAGGCGGCCAUUUGGUGACAUCCCGUUAUUCUGGUUUACCAUGAAAAACUCCACAUUGCAAGAAGCGCAAGCCACUCUACUCGUUUGGAAGAACAGCAACGUCAAAGGUCUUAAUGUGAAUGCAACUCUGAUUGGAUACAGUUCCAUCACACUCUAUCACAGUUUCCGCCAUUGCGUGAACUUUACAGUUGCACUGCCGCACAGUACACAGGUGCCCAUCAAGGACAGGGUGGUGCGUCUCUUUAGAAACGAAACUCUCAUUGCCAACGGUGACCAGUGGGCUUCGCUGGGCACGUAUCGGAUGGUGUCACAGCAGCAAGAUGUGGCCAAUGUGUGCUUCAGUUCCCCGAAUGCAAGCCGCGACUCUGGCACCUAUCACUUAACAGUGAACUAUCUCAAUCAGCAUAACACUCACUCGUACGUGGAGCAGACACUGCUGCACUCGUUCAAUGUGACUGUCAAGCAAGGAACACCUCCAACAGCACCGCCAACAGCACCUCCAACAGCAGUGCCAACAACAAUGCCAGCAGCAGUGCCAACAGUAGAACGAGAUACUCACACCUCACCCCUCUCUAACACAAACAUGGAAUCCAGUCAAGCCACAUCGCCCAACAUCCGGAGUAGUACUAUUAGUAUCUCUACUGGCAUCAGAGUCUCCGCCACAACGCCUGCCAGGGACAGGGAGCCAGCCGAAGAUGAUCCAUCCGUGCCGCUGUCCGAACUUGUGAUAUACGUGAUCAGCGCUGCGGCACUGGUGCUGCUGAUUGUUGUCGUGAUUGUGACGAGUGGCUUUGUGCGCUUCAUGUGGAAGAGACGCCAGAAGAGGAAGAGAAUGGUACAGAGGAUGGCCUCGAGGAGGUCUGAGAUCAGUCUUCAGUCCACAACCACCGUGUUGUCAGCAUCACCUUAUCAAUCCAUACAGUAUGAUACAGCCCGUGGCAGUGGCCAGGAUAACACCAGCUCCACAUCAAUGCUACACACUAGCAGCUGCUCAACAACAUCAAUCCAGCGGCCACUACCAGCCUGUCCUGUCCCACAGGUGGUUGCGCUGCCAGCCAGUACGCAGACCAGCCGCCCGCAGAACGAGUACUGCCAAGCUCCUGUCAAGUACAAGCGGCCAGCGCCAGUCGGCGAAAUGCCAAGCGUCCUGGAGGAAUCAUCGGCUGAUGGCUUGCAGGGCAGUUACAGGUGGAAGCUGGAAGAGUCGACCGAGGAGUACAUGGAUAUGUCAUGCGCCAGGCGUGCACCAGAUCGUCUCACCAUACAGACCACCAUCCAGCGCAGGACUCAGCUGCAGAAUGCCAGCACAUCCACCAGCACGGACCAGUCGAGCACGGCAAACGGUGGUGCGUCCACUGUACCCGCGGCCGCAGCCACCUAUGCCGACUUGGAAGCUUCUAGUGCUAGUGCGUGUGCUGGCCAAGACGACCCAGAAUAUGCUGCAAUGCACCCAACUUCGGAGCAACACAUGAAUGACUCCACUAUUGUUAUGUCCCAGGUCACCACAAUUCGCACGGAUAUCACCAGUGGAGCAGCGGACGCGCAGCAGCCGGAGUCGGGCAAAGACGCCUGAAGCAACCCUGUUCAGCUCAUCUCGCAACCCCAAUUGAGAAGAAAGAAGUGGCGAGAAAAGAUCUGUAUAGUCCAUGACGAAGUGCUGUUCACAACCGAUCCAUGCAAUAAUCUAGAGCAUUUCUCACGUGCUUUAUAUUACUGUCCACACACUAUUACUUACUAAUAAUCCACGCAAAGCCGGUCUUUUCUUGGCCCACAUAGUUUAGUUUCCACAAUGUGCAUGGCCAAAACCAGAUCAGUCUGCACCACAUCAAUCUCAUGCAAUGUAGUAGUCAUUGGUCUUGACUUCUUGAACAUCAGUUAUUGCGUUGGAUUUGAAUGCUUGAUAACUGUAUCUAACCAAUAAUCAUACAGCUAGUGUGCAUACAAGCCAGGCAACAUUGGCCACCACAUCAUACCGUCACGAGUCCCCUUUUUCAAGUAGCAGUGGUCAAGCUUCCUGCAGCUUCAUUCAUUCAUUCAUUCAUAGGAAAAAUUGAUUAAGAAACGAG